GACAUAUGGAUAUUCCUUGGCCUUCUGGUCACGAAUGCAAUAAGUCAUAUUGCAUGUGUUAACAAUGAAAAUGAAAAUACAUUUCAAAAAGUUGUUGACGAAAGACUUACUAAUCUGGAGAAAGCUGUGGUAACCCUUGUCGAAGAAAAUAUGCACCUGAAGAAAACGAUAAAGUACAUCGAGAGCCAGCAUACGACUACAAGAAAUCGACACGCAAUCCCGGACAUCGAUAUUGGAAAUAAAUUCGCUCGCCAAGCAGGUAAGCGUCAAGCUGGAAACGGCCCAACUGCAUUCACUUCUUGCGUUGGAGUCAAAGACUUGACGAAUCUUGGCGCACAUCAAACGAUAAUUUUCGACCGUAUCAUAACCAACUAUGGCCAAGCCUACCGCAAUUCAACCGGCAUAUUCCACGCACCAAUCAACGGCGUCUAUGCCUUUCACCUAUCAGCAAUGUCACGACCAAAUCAUUCCCUGUAUCUUAACUUUGUUCACGACGGCGUUAUUAUCGACGGCAUCUAUUCUUCUGCACAAGGUAUAACUGAAGUUGAAUCUGUCGGAGAAAUGUGGACACUUGAAAUGAAGCAAGGUUCUGAAGUAUGGAUAGCGAGUUCAGGCCAAGGGGAAAUUCACGGCUACUGUCACACGAUGUUCAGUGGGUUUCUUCUGUUUGAAACCGAGCCUACCAACAUCAUUGGCUAGGAUGGAAUACAACAUAACAACGCAAUAAAAUUGAUAAAGUCAAAUUUGAUUCUAUAUGACAUCUGUUUCCAAUAAUGUUUUUUGUUUGAAUCAAUUUAGUAUUUUAGUUUGGAUUCGUAACCUGAAUAUCAAUGUUUUGAUUCGAAAUAAAGUUUGAAAGUUAAGUGAAUGUCCAAACUUUCAAAACGA